CCCCGGGGCCCCGGGCCCCGCCCGGCCCGGCCCUGCUCGGGGGCGGUGCCGCCGUCGCGCUGGUUCCUGAUUCCCAGGGAGAGCCCGGCUCCGGCAAGUCCCUCCUCCGCCUCGGCAGUGCGGGCUCUCCCCCCCUCCCCCAGCCGUAGCCUCCUCCGGCGGCAGCGGCAGUGCCCGCCGGCCCCAUGGCGGCGGAGCCGCAGCCCAAGGCGCUGACUCGCAAGCCUCUCCUGCUCAACAAGGUGGAGGGCUCGCAGGAGGUGGUGAAUAUGGCAGCGAUAGUGCCCAAGGAGGACGGGGUCAUCAGCGUCUCCGAGGACAGAACAGUUCGUGUCUGGCUGAAGAGAGACAGUGGGCAGUACUGGCCCAGUAUAUACCAUGCAAUGCCAUCUCCAUGUUCAUGCAUGUCUUUUAACCCGGAAACCAGAAGGCUGUCCAUAGGUCUAGACAAUGGUACAAUCUCAGAAUUUAUUUUAUCUGAAGAUUACAACAAGAUGACACUAGUGAAAAGUUACCAGGCUCAUCAAAGCAGGGUCAUCAUGAUUCUCUUUGUUCUGGAAAUGGAGUGGGUGUUAAGCACUGGACAAGAUAAACACUUCACGUGGCACUGUUCGGAAAGUGGCCAGCGGCUGGGAGGGUACCGCACCAGUGCAGGUGCCUGUGGCCUGCAAUUUGAUGUGGAAACCCGGCAUGUGUUUGUUGGUGAUCAUUCUGGGCAAGUGACCAUACUCAAACUAGAGCAAGAGUCCUGCAGCCUUGUUACAACGUUUAAGGGACACACAGGUGGUGUCACUGCUCUCUGUUGGGACCCAAUACAGCGAGUUUUAUUCUCAGGCAGUUCUGAUCAUUCCAUUAUAAUGUGGGAUAUUGGAGGAAGAAAAGGAACAGCCAUCGAGCUGCAAGGACAUAAUGAUAAAGUUCAGUCCCUCUCCUAUGCUCACCACACUCGGCAGCUCAUCUCUUGCGGAGCAGAUGGAGGAAUCGUCGUCUGGAACAUGGAUGUUGAGAGGCAGGAGACCCCCGAGUGGCUGGAUAGUGAUUCCUGUCAAAAAUGUGACCAGCCUUUCUUCUGGAACUUCAAGCAAAUGUGGGACAGUAAGAAAAUAGGCCUCAGGCAGCAUCACUGCCGGAAGUGUGGAAAAGCCGUGUGCGGCAAAUGCAGCUCCAAGCGCUCCUCCAUCCCACUGAUGGGGUUUGAGUUUGAAGUGAGGGUCUGCGACAGCUGUCACGAGUCCAUAACAGAUGAAGAGCGGGCGCCUACAGCUACUUUCCAUGACAGUAAGCACAACAUUGUUCACGUACACUUUGAUGCCACCAGGGGAUGGCUGUUGACCUCGGGGACAGACAAGGUUAUUAAGUUGUGGGAUAUGACACCAGUAGUGUCUUGAUGUUACAUCAGUGGAACUGGAAAGGGGACAUUUACAGAAGAAACCAAUUUUCUAACCCUAAUCAUACUGCGGAAGAUAGAUAACGUUGGGUGCAUACAGCAGAUGAGAAAGGAACUAAUGCGUUUACAAUUUUAUGUCCUCUGCUUGACUAAGGCUGAACAUUUGCACGAAGACUCUUUCCACUUCUCAAAAUAUUCAAGAAGGUAUUUUUUUAACUAACGGUUUGUACGAUCUGACUUCAGCUGUCUUGAAUUCGUUUGGAAAAUCUGUGUGCAGUGCAAUUUUUAGUUUUUAUAUUUAACUAUGUCAAGACACUUACUGCUUUGUACAGAGGGUUCUUGAGUUGUGCCCUACCAUGUGAGUUUUCGGUAUCAACAGACUGUAUUAAGCAAUCGGCUCUCCCACAGCAAGUACCUAUUGAUUUGGGAUAUUUCUGCUGACCAUGCUCUCUCCAGUGGAGGAACCCCAAGUGCAGUGUUGCAUGUUCUCUGGGUGCAUCACCAAGGAGCUGAUGGACUAUUGCAAUUCCUAAAAGGGCUCUACCAUCUACUUGUCCUAGUGGGCAUCAUCCAGAGAGUAUUUUAUUGGUCUGUGUAAUCUUCCUGCCUCUUCCUUUGCUGCACAAGUUGCAAAACCUGGGGGCAGGUUGCUCAGCAACUAAUUUCUACAGAAAACUGAAAUAGUUUUCCAGCUCAGAGCAUUACAAGGAACUCACAGACUUGUUUGAGUUUGAUGAAGCUGACAGGCUGAUUCAAAUGAAAUUACUGGCAACAGGAACUUUUGGGAGUGUGUGCAUGGAGGGGGGGCAGAUCUAAAACUGGUCUAGGUUAGAAAAGUCUGGUUAACCUCUACCUCUACCUCUACCUUGCACAGCAACAUUUCAGCAUUUAUAUCUGUCUGUGUUGUUGAAGAUGAAUUUUGUUUUUCCUGUUUUCCAUAUGGUUAGUCAUAUUUUUUUUAAAUGCUGAUGGUUUUUAUUAAUUUCCUCUAUAGACCCAAAACUGAUAUUGCUGAAUGACGCCCAUUGUCCUGUUGUCAUAUUUUAUGGUUUCUUUUAAAAAUAAACAGUAUUUAAAAACCUGGAUUGACCAAAAUUACCUUGUUAGAAGGGCAUUGUCAAAAUGAAUGAUUGAAAAAAAACCCUUUUUUUCCAAAGGGAUCUUCUCUGAAGAGUUAACUCUCUGUUCCAUUAAUCCAUUUCAAAUUUUAGCAUGGUAUUGCUGAUGCACUUCAAAGAAAGUGGUGUAGAGAGUAGAACUGCAAACCAGACCAAGGGCUUUCCUGUAUCCACUGUUUCAGCAGGCCUUGUGGUCUGUAGCUGCAGUGACACAGGACAUUGGUUGUGCUCAGUCUUGCCUCAUUUUGGACUUUACUUUUCCCUUCUAAAGUGGGGAGGCCAUGAUGUUUACCACUACAGAGCUCAUUGCCACCUAGAGAAGCCUGGUGUUCUUUCUUCAGUUAGAACAUCAAAAGAAAGUAAAGCUUCUCCUUUGUUUACCCAACAGUAAUUUAUUUUCGAGUUAAAAAAAAAAGUUAACACAAUCCAUGGCAUUAAUUCUGGUCCAGUGAGCUGCUGCAGUAAAGAGUGAGUGGACUUUCAUGUGUGCGUCACAGGACUGCUAUGUAUUUUCAGGGAAAAUUCUCUUUUUAAACAUCCUACAAACUGUGAUGAAGCAUUUUGCAGUCAUGUUCUCUGAAAUAAUGCCACCUUGGCUUUCCUGGUCAUACAGCCUGUUGAUGGUUCCCCUCUAGGCAGCAUAUUUUAAAGCAUAUUUUCAAACAUAAUUCACACAGCACUAAAAAUAUUUUUUUUCCAGCUUGAGUGUUAAUUGUUUUCUAAGUCCUCCCACUUUCUCUCCGGGAAACUAGAAGCUUGUUUCCUCUUGGAAGGCUUUUCAUUACAACUUGUGCAUGUUUUCUGAUGACUGAAGUAUUCUUGGCUGUUGAAGCUAUGCAAGAUGAGCAAGUUGCCUGUCAAUAUUUCAUUCCAGCUUGAGAAGAUGUACAAAACUUUGCUGCACUUUGAUGUUAUGUGUUACCUCGGACUCAGGGCCUUCUGGCCAAAGACCUGACUUGCUUUGCUGUGCAGGGAGUGUAUCUCAUGGUUACGGAAACAUGGGCACACCAAAGUGGAUUUAAAUGACAGUUUAGUGCUCUGUUCCUGAGGAGACAGCAUUUGCAACAAGUCUGGGACUCCAGCAUGAAUUUUGCUUCCACUGAUGGAGUGGUGGAGUCAGCAAGCUGAGGAUCUGCUCCUGGGUCAGCACCUAGUCCUGAACACAUAAUGUUCAAACAAAGGAAAAAAAAAUGCUGGCUUUAGUUUGGUCUCAGAGGGAACAGAAUAAAAGAGAACAGAGAAAAUGGAGGGAAGCUGUGACUGAGUUGGAAAAUGGCUGCCUAGGACCAAAAGCACGACGUCUGUGGUAAAGUGCUCCUGCACACCAAACCCUUUACCGAAAGGGCCUGAAAAGUGCCCAUACGAAGCUGUGGCUUCCAAAGGGCAGUAGCAGAGAGAAAUAAAUUACUUCACUAUUUGAUAGGCAUGGGACACAGACACAGGACCUCUCUUGCAGCCUUAAGAGCAGUCAUGCCAGGAUAACAGCUCUCAAAAGUCAAUAGCUAAAGAGCCAAGGUGAUUCCCUAAAGCUGGGAGUAGAAAAAGGCCAAAGGCAAGAGCCUGGUGGAAUUAUGAUCUAGAGAAACAACAACUGAGCAGAAGCAUCAGGACCAGAAGAAGGUGAUCAGAGUAAGAAAAAGGCAAAGCCUAGUUCUACAAAGAAGGUUGACCAGCUGGGAUGUGUGGUUUCCACAUGCACCACAUGCUGACAUGAAAAAGGUCUGGUUAAAUUUCUGUCAGCCAACCCUGUGUGAGUAUCUGUGGGACAGAAGGGACAAUGUCAACCCAACUCUGGAAGUCUGAGCUUCCUGCAUGCUUCAUAUAGAAAUUUGGUGAAUCAGGAUUUGAGUGCCACAUCCAACAAAAGUCCUGAGCUUCUGUAAGCAAUUACCCUGACCUUUUUCUUUCUGGACUGACCUGCUUCACCAUUGAGGCAUCCAUACUUCCAGCUGCUCCUACAAAGACGCCUGUCAUUUGCCUGGGAGAAAAGAAAGGCUCUACUACACUUUUCCAUUCCCUGUGCUCACAGUUCCAAAAAUGCCACUGUGCUCAAGUCUCUGCCCAGCAUUAGAGAAAGGGGGAAUUGGCAGUUUUAGCUAGCAUGGAAUGGUAGGAAGAACAAGUCAAAGCAAAGCCAUCUCCCAGUGCUCUGUGAGAAGGAUGCUCAUUUCCUAGCAUCAUAAAAGAUGUUGUUUGACUGCUGUGAUUCCCAUUCCCUUGGCACAGUCCUACAUACAGCUAUUUUGAUUUAAAAAAUCCCCAACCCUCCCUAAAGAAAUGCUUUGAAGUCUCUAUCAGCUACUUUGGAGGACAAAAGCAGGAUCAUAACUUAACACAACGUUCACUUGAACCUUUAGUCUUGUAACGAUUUUGAUAAAUGCUUUAUCCUUUGAUCAAGUUGCCUGGUCCAGCCUUCAUCCCCUUCCAGGCCAGACAGGGAUCCUACAGUUCAGGCAGCUGAGGGAUCUCCACUGCUAUUCAAUGUAAGACACUGCCUCCUUACCUUGGAAGAACAAGCCGCUUGGUAACUUGGUUGCCUCAGCUGAUACUGCCAACCAUACCACAGUGUCAGCUCCCUGGGCCUCUGUGCGCAGGGAGUUCUUCAUCUUCUCAUAGAAGUCUGGCAUUGACGACCUCACGGCUAGAAAGAAUAACAAUGGAAUGGUGGUCUGCCAUGCAAGGCUUCUUUGAUUUAAAAAAAAAAAAAA